AUUACAGWUUGUUUAUCUUGACCGUGCCCUUCAGUGAUUGUGCCCUUCUAUGAUUAUGCGCAGAAGCGGUCAGAAGGUAGUCUAGGUCUGUAUGGAGAUGGAGCGUGCACACUACAGUUCCCGACAUCCCAUCUCGGCAAUCGCUGUUCUCCUCGCAUGUUUACGCAUGAGGCGCUUCUGCAGUGAGCUACUGGAUAUUGAUGUGCUUUAAUGUGUCCCUUCUCCUCUCCUCCCUUCCUCUUACCUCUCCUCCCUCUCCGCUCUGUGUUCCAUAGAGACUCAGAUGCGCUCAGAUGCACUUGGCGUUCUAGCGGUAGAAACAGCAGCGUGAGCGUCUCAAUGCAGGGGCAGCAAGAGCACCCCGAUGGCCACCAGCACAAGAGACUGCGCUAAGCAGACGACCAGCGCGCGCUUUCAUCUGUGCUUCUCAACCCCGAACCUCCUCUAGUGAAGAGAGAGGUGCUCAAAUCCGCUUUAGGAUAUCGCUUUUUUUUUGUCCCUCUUUCUGUCCAUUCGAUGAAGAAGAACUGAUGACGAUGUAUCGGCGAUGGUGGAUUUCCCUUUUGUGCGUCUAUGGACUGAUGUGCAUCGUUCAUUCCAGCAAUCAUAUGCCUCGAAAUGGAGACGCCUUGUCGCAGGCGAAGGCUGUUCGUGAUGCGAGCAGGUUCGCGGAGAAGGAGGACACGGUCCCGCUCCGUCUGCUCUACAGCAUGCACAACCACAGUCAAAUCUCCCACGAUGUCAUCAGCACCAGGACUAGAGCCAGUUCCAGCCCCACACAGGGGAACCACGUGGCCCAAGCCAGCUUCCAGGUGGACGCGUUUGGUGAGCAGUUCAUCUUGGAUGUUGAACUGAACCA